AUGAUUAGGGGAGCAGCAGCAAUCAAUGCUGCUGCCCACCGCAGCAGCUGCAGCAGCAGCAGCAGCAGCAGCAGCAACAGCAGCAGCAGCAGCAGUAGCAGCAGUAGCAGCAGCAGCAGCAGCAGUAGCAGUAGCAGCAGCAGCAGCGGGAGAGGAGGAGGAGAAGAGCAGCAGGAGGAAGAGCAGCAGCAGCAGCAACAGCAGCAGCAGCAACAGCAGCAGCAGCAACAGCAGCAGCAGCAACAGCAGCAGCAGCAACAACAGCAGCAGCAGCAGAAAGAAAGAAAGAAAUGA